GGAACGGAGCGGGGCGAGCGCCGCGGGAGAUGAUGGCCCCGCCGCCCGGCCCCGCCGUGCCGGGCCCGCUGGCCGUGCUGGACCCCACAGGACAGUUUGCAAAAAGGAAGAAGACUUCACUUUGGUUCACAGUUGCACUGCUGGUGGUGUCUGUUUUCAUACUGACCAUAGGUCUGGCAGCUACCACACGAACAGAAAAUGUUACUGUAGGAGGCUACUACCCAGGCAUUGUUCUUGGCUUUGGAUCUUUCCUAGGGAUUGUUGGGAUCUACCUGGUAGAAAACAGAAGACAAAUACUGGUGGCCUCCAUUGUGUUUAUCAGCUUUGGUGUUGUGGCAGCCUUCUGUUGUGCAAUAGUUGAUGGAGUGUUCGCAGCACGACACAUAGAGCCCAGACCUCUGUAUAACAAAAGAUGCCAGUUUUAUUCAAGUGGAAUAGGAUUCCUAUAUGAUGCCUACCAGACUGAGGUUACAUGCCAUACCUUAAACAGCAAGUGCCAGCUGAAAGUGAAGAGUAACACAUGCUAUUGCUGUGAUCUGUACAACUGUGAGAAUUCAGACCAGUCCUCCAGUUACUACGAAUUUCUGGGCGUGAGCAGCUGUCAGGAUGUGCUUCACCUGUACAGACUGUUGUGGUCCUCCACAGUUCUCAACAUCAUUGGCUUGUUUUUGGGGAUUAUCACAGCAGCCAUUCUUGGGGCAUUUAAAGACAUGGUACCUCUGUCCCAAAUUGCUUUCAGUGCUGCAUCUCCUCCUCAGAUCCUGUACAACCCUGCCCAGCAGAUCCUGACAUAUGCUGGUUUCUGUCCUUCUGCAGCAACAAUUUCUACAUAUCCAUCGUACCCACUACCCCUUCAGGUACAGUACAAAAACACACCCUCAGUAAAAACACCAGCAGAAAAGCAUAAGCUGCUACUCAGUACAAACCUUGCAGGGAUAGGUCUUAGCUGGAUCCCAGCUCCCAGGUCUGUCUGUGGGAUGACUUUGUGCCCAGUUUUCUGGGCUGUUCUCAGACCUCAGGUUUCCUCUGGUUGUCCUUUGGACUCUUGCCUGCUGAUGAAGUAAAAGUAGCCAAGAGUAGAGAGAGAGAAGGGGAUAGAAACACAUGAAAUUAAGCUGAAAAGAUUAAUGUAAGUAGCAAUGAGGAUCCAUUGUGACUGGUCAGUCCUGUGUCCACUGAGAAAUAAAAUUCCAUUGCAUUUACCCUAAAUUCUUAUCUGUGCUCCAAAAUAAACACAGUUAUUUCCCUAGAUUUCUACUUUUUCAAGUAAGUGUGUUCAUUUAUCUUCCUUCCCCUUCAUAACAUUCAGAGGCAGACACCAUCAAGCUGUCAGGAGACAUUAGUAAGAAACACUGGGAUGGUUAGUAAGAAACAAUUGGAAAAUUUAACUCUAUUCCUGGGGAAAAAAAUAAAAGCAAGCCAUCUCCCUGUAUGUAUGAACUCAUUAUGUUGCAUUUUGGAGAGAAGUAAUUUCUGCAUCAAUAUAUGAAUUAAAACUAUCAUAAUAAACUUAUUCAAAGGUACAAAUCAUGAAUGAUGGAAGCAGGAAUGAUUAGGAACAGCCAGAAGCUUACCUGUUAUCUGCUUCCAUUGCUCAAGAGCUGUGGGUUGAAUCUGUGUGGCUGGAAGUCUGAGGUCUUCAUGUUCCAUCUAAGUGCUUCAAGCUGCUGGAUUCAGACCUUCACAAGCCCUGCCUCAGAUGGUUGUAGUCCUUAAUCCUAGUCUGGGUCUGGGAUUCAUCUGACUGAACACAGGGGCUGUUGGCAUGAUGGGGUCUAGUGGUGCCUGAUAAUGAGAUCAAGUAGGCACCUGUCCCCUGCUGCUACUCUGUGAGGGUCCAGGUUCAGGUCCCAUUAUCCCUGGGUCACAUCUGUGUGGACAUCUGGGAUAUCCCAUGGCAUCCCAAAAGGGCUGGACACUUAGGUGUGGGAAACUGAAUUAAGUUUUAGCUGUCCACAGAGUAGAAGACACUGGCUGAGCUGGUCUACCCUUUAGGGUCACCAGUGGAUUAUCACGGGCUAAAGGUAUAUGACAUUCAUUCCUGGUCCUUUGCUGUAUCCACUAUCCACUGAUUAAAUGCUUGCCAGAGAGGCAAAGUCUGUAAAAUAAAUCAGCCAUAUGGGAAAAAAAAGGGAGAUAGCAGGAAUACAUAUUGAAAGGAUGUAACCAGCAUUUCUUUUGUUUACUGUGACAUGUGCCAGCAAAAUAAUACAUCCCUUACUGGUACAGUUCAGCCACAGCUAGUCUUGGUAGCAGGCCUGCCAGCUGGGCAGGUAAUGGUCCUGCUUAGCUGGGCAGGGACUGGUGGUGAUAAUAGCAGUUAUGGGUUGUGCCAGUUAUUCCUGCUAGAGAAGAACUCACUGCAGAAACAAUUCCAGGCAAACAGAUGGAAGCAGUGGUUGCAGUCUGAGAGGGGAGGGAAGCAACAACUCCAAAAUUAAUAAAACCCCAAGCCAGCCCAAGCCCACACCAACUAGGUUUGGAGCUGAUGUAUCUAGCAGGUCUGUCAGUACAUCUGCACUGCAUCAGAGAGUUAAAGGGCAUAAAUGAGCCUUUCUGUUGGUAUGUCCCCAUUCUCAGUCACUAAGUCACUGUGUGGUACAAAUGCAGUAAACAUUCUUCUUGCCAGGAGGGUUUGACCCAUGGCAGCAGCCCCUGCUCACAAGGAGCCUCAUGAAGGAAGCAAACACCUUGGCAGGGGGUCUGCCAGCCCUGGACAGCUCUGAGAUGCCAUUGUCCAAGGGCAUCUGGCCCUGGCCUUCUAGGUUGUGACUAUUAAUUUUUUUAGCUGCAGGGAACAUCACUUGCCCAGAUAUUUCAUUUCCCUUGAAAAAGAUCCACGAUUACUUCAUAUUGUUUUUAAAUUCCAGGCAUUUUAAGUUCACUUAAAGUCUGAACCUGAGGGGAGUUGAGCCCAAGUCUUCAGCUGAAGCCCAUAGACUGGAAUGUGCUGGUGUAUGAGAGGAGGAGUAAAAUUCUCACCUUCUUGAAAUCAGUGAUAAAACUUGGUUUAAAGCAGUAGUAGGCUUUUAUGCUGAAUAUUAUUCCUUACAUGUGUUCUUUUGUUUUAACAAAUCCCGCUUGUUUUUGAAGAUGGGCUACUUCCCAAGCCCUAUUUAUUUUU